GUCAUUAAUUAAUUAGUGAUGGGACACGCGACACGGUGUCACUAUACAAUCAUGAAUCGAAACCACAGUUUCGAUUGAUAAGUCUUCGACCUCCGACCGAUAUUCUCGUUGUAACCUUGUUAAAUAGCUGACAAAUGACGUAUAUUCAAUAUGUCCGCGGUGCUUCAUUUUUUAUUAACUCUGAUUGCACUACGGCUCUAUGGCCAUUGAGGUUUACCACUACCAAUCCCAACAGCAGUAAAAUAAAUCACAAAACUUACAUGGAGCUUAACCGGCAUAAAUUUCAGUGUCGUGUUCAUUAUAGUCUAUAAAAGGAAUACACCAAUUUUUUCGUUAAAUCAUCGUCUUGAGUCUAUUGUAAAUUUUGUACUGGAAUGUAGUAUGUGUACCAAGUUAGGGUUAGGCCAUAAUUUUAUUCCAGUUUUUUCUUAUUUUAGUUUUAUUACGAGUUCAGGGACUAGCUAAAUGACUCCCAUAGUAUUUGUACUUAAAAUUAUGGCCUAACCUGGUACACAUACUAUGUUCUGGUGUCCGCCAUCUUGGUUCACAUACUUCAGGAGUACCGGAAUUCGUUUUCGUUAUCUGUUUAAUCCUCAAAGGACUUUUAGCUAGUAUUUCGUGCAAUAUGGCACUGGUUUUUGCUUGGGUAUUGUAGUUUAUAGGGCGCUCCCAAAGUAUCUAACCAAGAUGGCGCACAACCUGAACCCCAGCCCUAGUACACAUACUAUGUUCAGGUUGUGCGCCAUCUUGGUGCACAUACUUCUGGAGGUUCGUUUAUAGUGCAUAAAUAUAUGUUACAAUAACUAUAUAUUACAUGUUACAUCUGUAGUUCCUCCCUGGUUAGUAAGUCAGUCCUGCUCUAGGCCAUUGCAUUUUCAUUUUCAAGUAUGGAUGUAAACCAAACCCUAUUUUGCACUUGUUUUACAGAAAAUUUAAAUCAUAAUUAAAAAUAAUCAUGGGUAAAAGGCAUCGUUUUAAAAAACAGAAACCUGUCGGAUCGAAUUCCAGUCGUGAUAAGAAUUUGAAGAAUCCAGAUGUCAGCAUGAAACAAAGGAUUCCAAGAACAUUUACAGAAAUGAUGGAAAUGAAGGAAUUAUAUAAAGGAAGUGAUCGCCAGAUUAAAAAAAAAUUAAAGGAAAGAGCAAUGAAGGCUGCGAACCAAGAAGAAAUGAAAAGGAAAGAAAAUGCAGAAAGAAAACGUGGGGAGUCAAAAUACAGGCACAUGCAACGUCUCGCUUCCGCAGUUGAAAUGUCAAUGGAGAAAGCAAAACAAGAAAUUCAGGAAUUUCCAGAAAAAGAAAUUGACAAAAAAGAGAAACCACCCCCGCCAAAAAAAAUAAAAACAAAAGAAAGACUUACCAAAUUAAAAGAAAAAAAAAAUCAAGCUUGGUUGAGUAAACUGGAAGAGAAAACGGAGAAAGAUCGCUGGAUAGACCACGUCGAGUUUGGUGAGGUUGUAAUGCGCCCACCGACGAUAACUUCCAAACCUCGAAAAGCCGGUGAAGUCAAGAAACCUGGCCAGCGAGAUCUAUUAUUUUUAAAGAAGGGUUUUGGGACUUCAAAAGAAUCGAAUUUGUCUCUCGCAAGAACUAAAGCACUCAAUGAUGAGAGAGAAAGAGUUAUUCAAGCGUAUCGAGAUAUAAAAAGGACUAAAAUGAAUGUGGAGUCGAAAUAAACAUGAAAAAUAUGGCA